UUUGUCGCGAUUUACGUUAUGUAGCCCCGGAAACUUCUGAUCUCGCAUUGCACAUUUUGACAUGAGGGUUACGGGCUCAACAUGUGUUUUUCUUCCAGAGAGGACAAUGAUACGAACAUGAUCAACGCCGAUGGCUUCUCCAAAUGCGAGGCGACUCUGCGAGCCAGAGGCAGGAGGAGGCCCCCCGCAGAGAUGCUCCAUCUGCUGUCAGCUGUUAUCGUGUGGCUGGUGACGGGGACCACCAUCUCCAGCCUCAACAAAUGGAUAUUCGCGGUUUACAACUUCAGGUACCCUCUGCUGCUGUCGGCGCUGCACAUGCUGACGGCCAUAGUGGUGGACUAUGGGCUGAUCAAACUGCGGGUGGUGCGCCACAGAGGGGCCGGGGAGCAGGACCUGACCCCCAGUGCAAAAUGUAAGGUGUUCCUGUUGAGUCUGACAUUUUGUGCCAGCAUCGCCUUCGGGAACAUGGGUCUGAACUAUGUCCAGCUGUCGUUUGCACAAAUGAUCUACACCACCACGCCGCUCUUCACUCUGGCCAUCUCCACGCUGAUCCUGGGCAAGCAGCACCACAUCCUCAAGUACACAGCCAUGAUGCCCAUCUGCCUGGGAGCCUCCUUCAGCAUCAUGGGAGAGGUCCAGUACGACCAGACCGGCUGCUUCUUCGUGUUCGCCGCAACCAUGUUGAGGGGGGUCAAGUCCAUUCAGCAGAGCAUCUUACUUCAGGAGGAGAAGAUCAACUCCGUGUUCCUGCUCUACCUGAUGUCCAUUCCUAGCUUCUGCAUCUUGGCCGUGGCUGCUCUGGCCUUAGAAAACUGGGCCGUGCUGGAGUCGCCGCUGCAUUACGACCGCCACCUGUGGGUCUUUAUCUUGCUCAGCUGCCUGGGCUCAGUCAUGUACAACCUGGCCAGCUGCUGCGUCAUCACGCUCACCUCCGCCGUCACUCUGCAUAUCCUCGGCAACCUAAGCGUGGUGGGGAACCUGCUGUUGUCUCAGCUGCUUUUCGGCAGCGAGUUGUCCGCCCUCAGCUGCGCCGGCGCGGCACUGACGUUGUCCGGCAUGCUCAUUUAUCAGAACUCGGAGUUUAUCGUCAGCUACAUGGACGCGCGCAAGGCCAAAGCCAAAAAGUCCGGACAGGUGGGUUUCCACAGCGCAGGUGGAGAGGACGUGGACGAAGCCAGCGCGUCUGAACCAACAUAUCAUCAGAGACCGGAGGGGAAGCAGGAGGACAAGAUGGACUGAACUGAAAGGAUGAAGGAGAGAAUAAAACGUUGAAGCAUAAAGUGAUUUAAGUUUGAAUUCUCUUUCCCCCCCUUGUGUCUUUAAAGGGUCUAGAGUUGCAGAGGGAGUGCGACCUUAUAAGGCCGCUGUCACUUAAUGAUGUGACAGAUUUAUUAACUUCCUCACCGUGCCAAUUUAAUUUCUCCUCUGGUCACACAGAAGCGGAGUCUGCCGAGAGGAAAAAGGAAAAAGGUUGCCUUUAUUUAUCGCGAUGGUGGUUUGAAUUCUCUCCUUCAUCUUGAAUCACUCAUACAUAGCCUAUAGCAGUAUAUGCAUGCAUGAGCACACUAAACUGUUUGAUACCUCAUCAGGUAUUCACACCGUCACUCACUCUACUCCACUGUGAAAACGUUCUCAUUUACAGAGGGCUCUAAUAAAUGUUUUGGGUGACUGUUGUGAAUAUUGUAGAGCUAUUGAAGGGGGGCGGGGCACAGAGAGCAAACCUGAACGGGCACAAUUUAUAUUUAAAGAUAUAUAUUGAUAGUACUGUUACCUGAGACUCACCUGGCCCUGUCAUGGUAAGGGACUGGGUUUUUGGCAGCUUUUUUUUUUUGUUUGUUUGUUUGUUUGAUGUGAAUUGGGAAGCUUGUUAAUUAAGGACACUAAAACUGUUGUUUAGAGGCAGAAGUUACAGUGAUGGAGAACGUUUCUGUGCGGUUUCUGAGACGCCUCUUUUCCUCUGCUGAAGCACAUUUUUAACAAAAGGCCUGAGCUUUGUGUUUUGUCCAUCCCCAGUGAACCUCGGCGUGGCUUCCCACCUAAGUCCCAGAUUUUGUUCUCGCACCAGCUUGAAAAGACGGUCUCUGUAGAAUUAGUCCAAUUAUUUCCAUCUUCUACAACGGGGCACUCACUGCGGCGUUCCCAGAUAAUUAGGUUCACAAGUUCUCUAAGGAGUGUCACUCAACUUUAGCUGUCUAUUCCCUGCGGAGGAGAAGAUUGAGCUGUCCUUUAAGGUUGCUUCUUAAAUCCUUACCAAUGUCAUCUGUUAGGCUUAGUGUUUCCCUUUUUGUGGGCGACAUUUUUUUAGAAAGUUAGUUACCAGCACAGCUCGAAAAACUGACCUCUGCUGGACAGUGUUGUGUUUUCUCUCAGUAUUUGAAAAAGCAUUUUAUUGACAUGAUUUUAUUUUGUGACAAAACAUAUUCCCCCUUUUUAAAACGUAUGUGGAAGAAGAUAUUUAUUUUUCGAAUGGUCAUAGCAAUCACUGGCUUUGUAAUGCUGUAGAUCUUUGUCCUCAAGUGUCUUGCACAUACAUACAUGUAAUAUUAGACGGCACUAGUCUCUCCUGCCGUCGCUCUUCAGAGUAAAGUCAGGUAAACUAGGCAGACAACUGCAUGCCGCUGCUCCUGAAAUCAUCUUUGGGGAUGUCUGUUUCCACACACUCCCUCCGACGUGUAUGAUAUGCCAAAUGUUUACUUUGAAAGCUUUUUAUCACACACACUGUUAUAAUAUUGGUUCGGUCAGUGAGCAGACAUGCUCACAUACGGUUUGAGCUGUCAUGUGACAACAAACAAAACAAAAAAAAGCCAUAAAUCCAAGAGUUUAUGACACCCGCCACGUUUCUGUGCAUAUUUUGAGUGACUGCAGGUGGGAUUGUAUGUAUUGUUGAGAGAUUUAACUUUUUCAAGGGUGCCAUUCAUAAAAUGACAUUGUCACUGAGCAUCAUGUCAAAUGAAUCUAAUUAAUUAACUAAAGAUCAUAAAUCUGCAGACAGUUCAAAAUAAGUUGAAAAAGCUAUAGUUUUAUGUCCCAGUUGGAUAAAUGUCAAUGUUGGUUUAAUAUUUCCAGAUAAUAAAUGUUGUUGUCAUCCUCAGUUACAUGGUUGAAGAGUAUGUGCAGCAGAUGAUUUCACUGGUUUUACAUUAUUGAAUACCUCAGCUGUUAAACAGGACUCAUUACGCCCCUCUUGUGUUCAUUGAUUAACUAUUGGACUGAGAUCAAGCAGCUUUUCAACAACCACAAUAAAACUGCAGCAUGUGAAUUAAGGAUUUUACUGUGUUCAGUAGAGAAUCUAAUCACCGAUUACACACUCGAGUUGAUCAGAACUGCCUCUGCUGUCGUCUUUUAGUUUAAUAAUCUCAGUUUGGCUGCUUGUUCUAAUGGAUAUCAUGUUGAGUGGAUUAUGAGUGUGGGGCAAAGCAACUGUUGCACUGAAAAGGCACAAAGACGCUGCCCCUCGAAGCCUGUGGUUCCUGUGUACAUACUGGUUUUAAAUAUUUGCAAAGCUAGUUGGGUGUAAAUAGUUAUUUUAUUAUAUUUAUGUAUUUUAUAGUCAUACAUGGCUGGUUUAAACUGUACUGGUUUAAGAAUGACACAUUUGCCUCAUGCCUUAUUUGGACAUACUGUAGAUGAGAAAGGAGUGAUUUGAGUUGUCAUUUUGUCAAAACAUUUUUUUGGUUAAUACUUUGAAUGCCAACUGCAGCUACAGGUGCUUCUGUUUGGGGGCAAAGAUAUCUACGAUUUAUACACGUGAUCUGCAAUUGCUUGAAUAAAAAUAAAUGGACUGGUACAAUAAAUAAUAACAAAACCAA